AUGCCGCUCCCUCGAGGAAAAGGCAUCUCCUGUACCCUGAACAAAUGUGACAUCACCAUAGCUGGGCCCCUCGGCGACGACUGGACCUACGAGAACGUUGCGCGCUGGACAACGUACAACGGCGGCAUCUUCUGCAACGUUGUCGACAAGGACGUGACCCAUGUCCUCGCUACGCCUGAGCAGUACAAGGCGAAGACCCCUAAUAUCAAGCUGGCCAUUAAGUACAAGGCACAUAUCGUGACCAAGGACUGGUUUGAGGAUUCGCUCUAUAAGAAGCGACGCUUGAACGAGGAAGAUUACUCGCUCAAGAGUAUCGACCAGAAAGCCAAAUCCAAGAAGGAACUCGAGGCAAAGGCGCAGAAAGGGAUUGAGCAGGCUGAAUCCUUCAUUAACACAAACCUUUAUCACAUCUACCGAGAUGAUACCUACUUCUCCUAUGAAAUCACCCUCACUCGUAACGACAAGGAGAAUGGAAAUGUUGGUCAGAGGUACCAGCUUUAUCUCUGGGAAUCAAACGCCAAACCGCACCUCUACCAGUUCGCGGCCAAAUUCUACAAGAAGCCUCGCGACAGCCGUCCUUCGAUCCAUCGUCCGCGAGAGACUCCCGUACUCCUAGAGACGGCCUUGAAAGACUUCAAGGUGUUCUUCUACCAAAAGACCGGUAUCCACUGGAACGACCGCAUCGCCAAGGCGGGAACCACGGACAAGAGCAAGUUCCGGUACCAACCUCCUACCGGCGGAAAGCCAGUAGGCGCCCUCGACGACCCAGCCCCCGAGGGCUGGUCCAUAUUCGGCAGCGGCACCGAUUCGGCGUCGAGCACCAAGAAGGACCAGGAGCAGGCAGUGGAUAAAGCCGUCAGCCGCAAGCGCAAGAGCCCCGUGGAGCCUGUCCAGCGCAGCGGCAGCGAGAAGCGACAGCGCCUCGAAAAGGAGACUGCGAAGGAGAAGAAAGAUGACAAGAAAAAGGUCGAAAGGGAGAAGGCAAAAGAGCGGAGGGAAGAGAAGCCGAGCUGUGAAAACUCGGUUUCCUCCCGCACGAGCGGCAAGAGCGCGGCCGUUACCAACAACAGCAGCAACAUCAACAUCAACAUCAACAUCAACAACAAGAAGAGAGCUCGUGCCUGCGAGGACGACGGUCUUGCCGUCAAGAAUCACGAGACGGCCAAGCGCCAAAAGGUCCAGGAAGCCGGUGCCGAUAUACACGCCGCGACGGCCAACGCGCCGAGCGACGGGGAACAGCCCGAGAAGAGUGAUCUCUCGGCGGUAGCCCGCGCCGUGAGAAAGAGCCGCGAGAGAACGGUGUAA